GCAGUGCUUUCGGCUGCGAGCCUGGGCGGCGGCGGCGCUCCACUUUCGGGGAGCCCGGCAGCUCUGGAAAGCUCACUCCUCCGCUCGCACUCGCCCCCAGCCGCGAAGCCCUUGCAGCCAUGAGGGAACAGCUCAAAGGCCACGAGACCCAAACAACUUGCUGGGACCAUCCCAAAAUGACAGAGCUCUACCAGUCUUUAGCUGACCUGAACAAUGUCAGGUUCUCAGCUUAUAGGACUGCCAUGAAGCUCCGAAGACUACAGAAGGCUCUUUGCUUGGAUCUCUUGAGCCUGUCAGCUGCAUGUGAUGCCUUGGACCAGCACAAUCUCAAGCAAAAUGACCAGCCCAUGGAUAUCCUGCAGAUCAUUAAUUGUUUGACCACCAUUUAUGAUCGCUUGGAGCAAGAGCACAACAAUUUGGUCAAUGUCCCUCUCUGCGUGGAUAUGUGUCUCAACUGGCUGCUGAAUGUUUAUGAUACGGGACGAACAGGGAGGAUCCGUGUCCUGUCUUUCAAAACCGGCAUCAUUUCUCUGUGUAAAGCACAUUUGGAAGACAAAUACAGAU